UAGAUUGUAUUAGUUGCGGGUUCUAUCUUAUCCCAACGCCACGCGUCCCCCCGGUCUUCGCUUUUCUUCCGGAACAUUAGAAUACUCCCAACUCAAACUCGAACCAGAACCAGAACUUGAAGAAGCUACCUUCCACUUCCAUUAAAAUUUAAUUUAUGAAUUAAACAGAUUUAUUACAACAACCAAUCCAUUUCUCUUCUGUUUUUUUUCUUUCCAGUUUCCGUUCCUCUGUGUGUGUGUGUGUGUGUAGCUGAACUCAAAGUGUAUAUAUAUAUAUAUAUAUAUAAACAUAUAUGGCUUGCACGUUGUGUGAAUCGUCCUUGCUCAAACAUUACCCCUCUGUUUCUCGUCUGUCUUCCGUCAAUAACUUUCACCGUAAACCUUCAUUGGGUUCGUCCUUUUUGGGUUCCAAAUCCGUUAAAGUGUUGGACUUUUCAGGGAAAACUUGGAAAUUGGUUGGCGAGAAGAGGAGGCGGCGGCGAAUCCCUACAGUUGGUGCACUGGGAGGAUUAUUAGGCGGGAUUUUCAAAGGGACUGACACUGGGGAGUCCACCAGGCAGCGGUAUGCUGCUACUGUUUCUGUCAUCAACGGUUUGGAAGCUCAGAUGUCGGCAUUGUCGGAUGUGGAGCUGAGGGACAAGACGUCCGUGUUGAAAGAACGAGCCCAGCAGGGGGAGUCCUUGGAUUCUCUCUUACCCGAAGCAUUUGCUGUCGUUAGAGAGGCUUCGAGAAGAGUUUUAGGCCUUCGUCCCUUUGAUGUCCAACUCAUAGGUGGCAUGGUUCUUCAUAAGGGAGAGAUAGCUGAAAUGAGAACUGGAGAAGGGAAGACCCUGGUAGCUAUUUUACCAGCCUAUUUGAAUGCCUUGGCUGGAAAUGGAGUUCAUGUUGUUACUGUGAAUGAUUAUUUGGCCCGCCGAGAUUGUGAGUGGGUUGGUCAAGUUCCUCGCUUUCUUGGAAUGAAGGUUGGCCUAAUUCAACAGAACAUGACAAGCGAACAAAGAAAAGAAAAUUAUCUUUGUGAUAUCACAUAUGUCACCAACAGUGAGCUUGGUUUUGAUUACUUGAGAGACAAUCUUGCCACGAGUGUUGAGGAGCUUGUCUUGAGAGGUUUUCAUUACUGUGUAAUUGAUGAGGUUGAUUCCAUCCUUAUUGAUGAAGCCAGAACACCUCUCAUCAUAUCUGGACCUGCAGAAAAACCUAGUGACCGCUAUUAUAAAGCAGCAAAGAUAGCCUCAGCCUUUGAGCGAGAUAUACAUUACACUGUGGAUGAAAAGCAAAAAACAGUUCUUCUUUCAGAACAGGGUUAUGAAGAUGCUGAAGAAAUUCUAGAUGUAAAAGAUUUGUAUGAUCCACGAGAACAAUGGGCUUCAUAUGUUCUGAAUGCAAUAAAAGCAAAGGAGCUAUUUCUUAGAGAUGUAAACUAUAUCAUACGUGGCACAGAGGUUUUGAUUGUAGAUGAAUUUACUGGUCGAGUUAUGCAGGGAAGGCGAUGGAGUGAUGGACUUCACCAGGCAGUUGAAGCAAAAGAAGGUUUGCCCAUCCAAAAUGAAACUGUAACACUGGCUUCAAUUAGUUACCAAAACUUCUUUCUCCAGUUCCCAAAACUUUGUGGAAUGACUGGUACUGCAGCAACUGAAAGCACAGAAUUUGAAAGCAUAUACAAACUAAAAGUUACAGUUGUGCCUACAAACAAACCUAUGAUUAGAAAGGAUGAGUCUGAUGUGGUAUUCAGAGCAGCAUCAGGAAAGUGGCGAGCAGUUGUGGUAGAGAUUUCUAGAAUGCAUAAGACAGGUCGCCCAGUUCUUGUUGGCACCACUAGCGUCGAGCAGAGUGACUCAUUGUCUGAGCAGUUACAAGAAGCUGGGAUUCCCCACGAGGUUCUUAAUGCAAAACCAGAAAAUGUGGAGAGAGAAGCAGAAAUUGUAGCUCAGAGUGGUCGGCUAGGGGCAGUGACCAUUGCUACCAAUAUGGCAGGUCGUGGAACAGACAUUAUCCUUGGUGGUAAUGCGGAAUUUAUGGCGAGGUUGAAACUAAGAGAGAUGCUUAUGCCAAGAGUUGUUAAUCCAAUAGAUGGAGGUUUCGUAUCAGUGAAAAAGCUUCCUCCAAAGAAGACAUGGAAGGUCAAUGAAAAGUUAUUUCCGUGCAAACUAUCCAAUGGGAAUGCCAAGUUGGCUGAGGAAGCUGUUAAGUUAGCUGUUGAAACAUGGGGUCAGAGAUCGUUGACUGAGCUUGAAGCAGAGGAGCGACUAUCUUAUUCUUGUGAAAAGGGCCCUGCUGAGGAUCAAGUCAUUGCCAAGCUGCGCAAGGCCUUUCUGGAAGUUGUUAAAGAAUACAAGUUCUACACUGAGGAAGAGAGGAAGAAGGUUGUUUCUGCUGGUGGACUUCACGUAGUGGGAACAGAACGCCACGAAUCUCGCCGGAUUGACAAUCAGCUGCGUGGUCGAAGUGGCAGGCAAGGGGAUCCUGGAAGUUCUCGCUUCUUUUUAAGUCUUGAAGAUAACAUCUUUCGUAUAUUUGGCGGGGAUCGGAUUCAGGGUUUGAUGAGGGCUUUUAGAGUUGAAGACCUACCUAUUGAGUCUAAGAUGCUGACCAAAGCACUAGAUGAAGCUCAGCGGAAAGUGGAGAAUUACUUUUUUGAUAUAAGGAAGCAGUUAUUUGAGUAUGAUGAGGUAAUAAAUAGCCAGAGGGACCGUGUUUAUACUGAAAGAAGGAGAGCCCUUGAAUCGGAAAGUCUCCAAUCUCUUAUUAUUGAAUAUGCCGAACUGACAAUGGAUGACAUCUUAGAGGCAAAUGUUGGUUCAGAUGCUCCAAAAGAAAGCUGGGAUCUUGAUAAACUCAUUGCUAAACUUCAGCAGUACUGCUAUCUAUUAGAUGAUUUGACACCUGAUUUGCUGAGGAGCGAGUGUUCACGUUACGAGGAGUUACAAGAUUACCUUCGCCUUCGUGGUCGUGAAGCCUAUUUGCAGAAAAGGGAUAUUGUGGAAAAUCAAGCUCCAGGCUUAAUGAAGGAAGCUGAGAGAUUCUUGAUCUUGAGCAAUAUUGAUCGAUUGUGGAAAGAACACUUGCAAGCUCUCAAGUUUGUACAACAAGCUGUAGGUUUACGUGGAUAUGCACAGCGGGAUCCACUUAUUGAGUAUAAGCUUGAAGGGUAUAAUCUCUUCUUAGAAAUGAUGGGCCAGAUAAGAAGAAAUGUUAUAUAUUCUAUAUAUCAGUUUCAACCGGUAAUGGUAAAGAAGGAUCAGGAUCAAAGACAGGAUAAGAAUUCAGGCAAAUUCGUGACCAAUGGAAAUGGUAGGGGAAACAACAAUCUUGAUGCAGUAGGUACCCUUGAGUCAUCUCCAACAGCCACAAGCCCCCAUGGUAGCGCAUAAGAUUAUUUUUGUGGUGGUUCAAGUGGAAGAGAGGGACAGGACUGGAUUUAGAAGCUGAAGCUCAAGGUUCAUUGUUAUUUUCUCUAUCAAUGUACACACAGUACUAUAAAUCAUUAAAUUGCAAUCAUUUGUUGUAAAUUAGAAUUGGAGUGCACAGAAUGUGCAUUGUGCAUAUCAGAAAGAAAAAAGGUGACAUGAAACUGUUCUUUAAUAUGGGAAAGCCACACCAACUAAUGGGAGAGAAGACAGGAAUUCUUAAUAUUAAUAUUAAUGUAGGAGGAGGACACAAUUAUUAUCAUUA